GCGCUACGCCCCUGCAGCUGCAGUCUGCUUCCUGGCUGAUGCAACACAAAGCCUCGGUUUCAGACAUUCCUUCCUGCACUAGCAGGCUCCUCCCCUUCUCUUUUUCUUCCUCCUCCUCCUCACUGGGAGUGAAAAGGAGCUCCAAGAGGAGCAAACAUCCUCACAGCUGGCUGCUGGCUGCACACUCCCUGUCCUGUCAAACGCUCUUUGCGGCUCUUCUACGUGGCACCAUGGAGGAAGCUUUGGCACCUUUGCGGGCGGCUGUGCGGGAGCAGGGAGAUCUGGUGGCCCGGCUGAAGGAGAAAGGCGUCCCCGAGUUGGAGCUCAACACCGCCCUCGCCGAGCUGAAAGCCCGCAAGAAAACCCUGGAAGCAAAGGAGCUGGCCUUGAAGCCCAAAGAUGACAGCGUGGACAAGGUGAAGAUGGAGGACACCUUGAAGAGGAGGUUCUUCUACGAUCAGGCCUUUGCCAUAUAUGGAGGGGUGAGCGGCCUGUACGACUUCGGCCCCGUCGGGUGCGCCCUGAAGAACAACAUCCUGCAGGUGUGGAGGCAGCACUUCAUCCAGGAGGAGCAGAUCCUGGAGAUCGACUGCACCAUGCUGACCCCCGAGCCGGUCCUCAAGACGUCGGGACAUGUGGAUAAAUUUGCAGACUACAUGGUGAAGGACUCAAAGACGGGGGAAUGUUUCCGAGCUGAUCAUCUCCUUAAAGCCAACUUGAAAAUGAAAAUGACCGACGAUGCUCUGCCGGCGGAGAAGGUGGCAGAGAUGGAGGACGUCAUCACUCAGAUGGACAACUACACCCAGAAGGAGCUGGGAGAACUGUUUGCCAAGUACAACGUCAAGUCUCCCUCCACAGGAAAUGAUCUCACGCCUCCCAUCUCCUUCAACCUCAUGUUCCAGACCUCCAUCGGGCCUGGAGGCAACACGCCAGGAUACCUGAGGCCUGAGACGGCUCAGGGAAUGUUCCUCAACUUCAAGCGUCUGCUGGAGUUCAACCAGGGAAAACUCCCCUUUGGUGCCGCUCAGAUAGGAAACUCCUUCAGGAACGAGAUCUCGCCUCGCUCCGGACUCAUCCGCGUCAGGGAGUUCACCAUGGCGGAGAUUGAGCACUUUGUGGACCCCAACGAGAAGGUCCACCCCAAGUUCUCCAACGUGGCCGACCUGGAGAUCUUGUUGUUCUCCUCCAAGGCUCAGACCAGCGGCCGGCCUGCUGAGGUCAUGAGGCUGGGCCAUGCUGUGGAGCAGGGCAUCAUCAACAACUCCGUGCUGGGCUACUUCAUCGGGAGGAUCUACUUGUAUCUGCUCAAAGUUGGACUCUCCAAAGACAAAGUGCGCUUCCGUCAGCACAUGGAGAACGAGAUGGCUCACUACGCCUGCGACUGCUGGGAUGCAGAGUCCAAAACCUCCUAUGGUUGGAUCGAGAUCGUGGGAUGCGCUGACCGCUCGUGCUACGACCUGUCGUGUCACUCCAGAGCCACCAAGGUGCCGCUUGUGGCGGAGAAGCCCCUGAAGGAACCCAAGGUGGUCAACAUCGUCAAGUUCGAGCCCAACAGGGGCGCCAUCGGAGCGGCGUACAAGAAGGACGCCAAGCUGAUCUUCGAGUUCCUGGAGGUGUGCGACGAGUGCUUCAUCAGCGAGCAGGAAAAGCUUCUGAAGGAGCGCGGGGAGUUCAGCGUGACGACAGAGGGCAAAAGCUUCAAGCUUUCCAAAGACAUGGUGGCUGUGAAGAGGUUCCAGAAAACGCUGCAUGUGGAGGAGAUCGUUCCCAACGUCAUCGAGCCCUCCUUCGGCAUCGGCAGAAUCAUGUACUCCAUCUUCGAGCACUCCUUCCACACGCGGCAAGGGGAUGAACAGAGGACGUAUUUCAGUUUCCCCGCCACCGUUUCGCCGUACAAAUGCUGCAUCCUUCCUCUCAGCCCAAACCAGGAGUUCACGCCUUUCGUCAAACAGCUGUCCGAGGCGCUGACCAGGAACGGCGUCUCCCACAAGGUGGACGACUCCUCGGGAUCCAUCGGGAGGCGCUACGCCCGAUCCGACGAGAUCGGCGUGGCCUUCGGCAUCACCAUCGACUUUGACACGGUGAACAAGACGCCGCACACCGCCACCCUGAGGGACCGCGACUCCAUGAGGCAGAUCCGCGUGGAGGUGGAUGCCUUACCUGGCCUGAUUUUGGGGCUGGCAAACGGCACCUCUACCUGGCCCCAGCUGGAGGCCAAGUACCCCAUUUUUGAAGGACAGGAGACCAGCAAGAAGGAGUGAUCUGGAGUCAGUUUUUACCGUUAAAAGGGCAUACGUAACCCCAAUGAAAGAAAUGUAUACUUGCUGUCUUUCUAUUAUCUUUUGUCAUGUCUGAAGUGCAGGUUAAGGGUCCGUGUGGGAGGGUGUUCUCUGGGGAACGUUAAUGUCACCUGAGCAACAAUUCCCAAAUGGAAGUCAGCAGCGUCAGCAUCAGCCGUGGUUGUUAUUGUUGUUGUUAUUGUUGGCAUGGACUGACAAGACAAAAACAGACAAGACUGUAUCCACCCCUUUUUAUAAUAAACACCACCUUUCUUUUC